UGAAGUAAAAUUUUUUUUCCGGUGUGUCGUUGAUCCUUCAGCUCACAAUAUAAAUGUGGUUAUUUUUUAUCCCAAAUUCAUAAGUGUUAUCAUAAAUAAAUCCUAUAAAUAAACAGUUUUUGAUCACCAACAAUCAGCCCAAAUGUGCGGAUAUUUAAAUUAAAAGGCUGAAUAAAAAAAGCCUUGGACAUAAUUAUCGAUAGGAAUUCAUUUAAAUUAUUUAUAAUUUUAUAAAUAAUUAAAAUAAUGGCCGAAGAGAGUACGGGUGAUAAUAAACAGGGUCAAUUGUCACCACGUAGUCCUGGUGGUGGUGUUGUUGGUACUGGUACUGGUACUGGUGGUGUUCCUGGUGUAAUAAUUAAACCAUCGAGUCCAAGAUCACCGGCAGCUAAACAACCUAGACGAAUUAAAUUAACAGAUCAGCAACUGGAUGUCGCGAGCAAGGAUGAGCUGACCAGCAAGUGGCGCGAACAGGAGUCUUAUAUCGAGUUGCUUGAAUCCCAAGCUUCAGUUCAGGAAGGUGAGAUCACAAGUUUGAAAGAAUCUGAAGAAAAAUUUCGCCAGCAAUUCACAGAAGCUUCUCAUCGUGAAAAAAUUUUAGUACGCAGAUUAGCAUCCAAAGAACAGGAAUUGCAAGAUUAUGUUAAUCAAAUAACAGAAUUAAAAGCUGCGCAAACGCCAUCAGUUUCAUCAUUGAGGUCUGCGUUAUUAGAUCCGGCGGUUAAUAUUCUAAUCCAAAAGUUACGUCAGGAAUUAAUAACGACAAAGGCUAAAUUAGAAGACACACAAAAUGAAUUGAGUGCUUGGAAAUUCACUCCCGAUAGUAAUACCGGUAAGCGUUUGAUGGCUAAAUGUCGGCUAUUGUAUCAAGAAAAUGAAGACUUGGGACGGAUGAUCUCCAGUGGACGUAUUGCUAAAUUGGAAGGAGAAUUGGCGUUGCAGAAAAGUUUCAGUGAAGAAGUUAAAAAGUCACAGUCAGAACUUGACGAAUUUCUUCAAGAUCUUGAUGAAGAUGUUGAAGGCAUGCAGUCGACGAUAUAUUUCCUCCAACAAGAAUUACGCAAAGCACGUGAGUCGGUGACAUUACUCCAGCAAGAAAAUUUGGCAUUAAAAUCGUCGCCUAACGAAAACAAUUUAUCAAAUGGUUUGUCGCCUCACACGCCGCCGAUUAUUAAAAAAGAAGAGGAGCCGGAUGAGAUAUUGGACACUGAAAUAACGACAAAGACACAUGUCGUUGAGGCUGAACAAUACAAAGAAGCUGACGAAGACGGGGCGCGAACUCCGCCAUUGAAACCUCAGGAUCGAACGACGACGACGGCGACAACGACGACUGUGACGGCCUCGGCACAAGACAACGAUGAGAGCUCGAGUGAUUCUGCGGCAUUGAUAAUAAAAGUUGAAAACGAGGAAUUGAGCGAUCGUGAUAAUGAUGAUGAUAAUAAUGAUAAUAAUGAGAGUAAAUGUGGCCGGACGUUGAGGCGGACUAAGGGUGCUAAAAGUUGUAGUAGCGGUAGUAGUAGUAGUGGUGGUGAUAAAACAAACGGUGAUGAUUCAACUUCCUCUAGGACUACUAACACUUUGCUCCGUCUGAGAGACAGGGGUGAUUCCAGGAUCCUCGAUAAUAGGGGAGACAGGGGGGACAGAGAGAGGACUAAACGCGAUAAAAGUGCGCAUAGUAGUGAUGAUGAUCAGCAGCAGCAGCAGCCGCAGCAGCCUCAACAUCACCAACGUGACUGUGGUAGAUUAAAAAAAAAAAGACGUCAAAGUAUUUUAUCUAUUGAUUAUAAUGAAGCUGACGACGAUGCGAUUGUUUUGACAAAUGGUGAAACAUUGCAAAGCGAUCCUGAAUAAUAAUUAGUCCUUUAAAUUAAAUACUUCCAAAUUAAAGGGGACCGCUGGCUUUUAAAUUACAAAUCAAACAAUCUAUUAUUUUUAUUACGUUAUUAAAACGAUUGUGUUGUAACAAUUAAUUAUCGGUAUACCUUUAACAGAUUAUGGAAUUAAACAUAUUUUUAACGAUGUUUAAUUACUAUAAAUAAAUAAUUCGAAUGCCAUUAUCAUAUGACAGGAUUUAAAUUAAUCAAAUUGAUCGUGUUGAUUUAAGAAAAUUUUUUCUUACGAAAUAAAAUAGAGACAGGCUAAAAUAAAUUUUUAAAGACUGAUCGUAUUAUUUGUUUAAUAAAAUGGUAUUAUUUUUAUUUUAAAUAUUUUUUACGGAGGCCAGGGGAUUUAAUUUAAAAAUUAAAUAAAACUUUUUCUGUCGGAUAGGAUUAGAAAUUUAAUUUUUAAAAAAUUUAUUAUCCCAAUAAGUUUUCAAAAAUAAUGUGCAGUCAGAUCUCGAAUGAAACCCAAGUCCAUUGUAAAAUCUCUCUCGUAAUCAAUUUAAAAAAUUAUAAACAUUUUUAUUUACAAAUCUAUUGAAAUUAUUUCGCGCCAAUUUUUUAAACAUCAGCACAUUAGUGAAAAAAAUUAUACAUAAGUAAAUAAAUUAUUUAUAUUUAGAAGCUUACGGUCUCCUUAAAAAAAUAAUUUUUUUUAUUACGGCAAUAUUUUUUCUGUAUUAUUUUUUUUAAACGUAAAAGUUAUUAUUCUCUUAAUAAAUUAUAAAAUAUUGCUCUAAUAAAUUUAUUAUUAUUUUUAAAAAAUUUUUCUUGAUAAUUAUUAUUUUUGAUUUAUGAACUUAAAAUGUAAAUUUAUAAAUAAAUAUGAA